AGGAUACCUAGGGCGCCACAAGGGAGGAAGCGAGGAAGCCAGAGAAUUUACCUGACGGCUUCGACGAACUAGAGCCAUGGUUCACGUAUCAUUCUAUCGCAACUAUGGGAAAACAUUCAAGAAGCCUCGUCGUCCAUAUGAGAAGGAGCGUUUGGAUGCUGAGUUGAGGCUUGUGGGAGAGUAUGGACUUCGCUGCAAGAGGGAGCUUUGGAGGGUUCAGUAUGCUCUGAGUCGUAUCCGUAAUAACGCAAGGGAGCUUUUGACCCUUGACGAGAAGAAUCCGCGUCGGAUCUUCGAGGGUGAAGCUCUUCUCCGUCGGAUGUUUCGAUAUGGGCUUUUAGACGAGAGUCAGAACAAACUCGAUUACGUCUUGGCUUUGACCGUUGAGAACUUCCUUGAGCGUCGUCUUCAGACACUUGUGUUCAAAUCAGGGAUGGCCAAGUCAAUUCAUCAUGCUAGGGUCCUCAUCAGGCAGAGGCAUAUUAGGGUUGGUAGACAGGUGGUGAACAUCCCAUCAUUCAUGGUGCGAGUUGAUUCCCAGAAGCACAUUGACUUCUCACUUACAAGUCCAUUUGGAGGUGGACGUCCUGGAAGAGUGAAGAGAAGGAACCAAAGGGCUGCUGCUAAGAAGGCUGCUGGUGGAGACGGAGAUGAUGAGGAUGAGGAGUAAAUCAUGUAUUUACCCUUUUGAUAGUACUCUUGGAUCUUGCGUCAGUUUUUGCCGUUAGUACUUUUAGUUUAUUGCAUGAUUCAGUUCCAUACUUUACAAUCCUCCUUGUUUCUGGUUUGAAGAAAGCUUUGCGCGAGUUAAGUUAUGGGACGUUAUCUAUUCUAAAUUUACAAAUUUUGCUCCAAAUUCCAAAUACUUGAGGUCACUGAUUUGUCCAAUGGCAUCAGCACCAUACUAAAAAGUGGUAGCUUCUGAUUUAAUUGAUAGGUUACUUGUUUGUGGAAUAUCAUGAUAUGGUUUAUGUUCCAUUUUGUUUGGAGAUCGCCAGUUGCUACCAGAAGGCUAGGUUAGUAUAUGUAGAAUAGACGAUGAGGGAAUGGCCAAUUAAACGUGUAGUAAGUAAAUGCAGUUCACUGUUAUGUUGAGAUUUCAUUUGGAGUCUAUUAUUUUUCAUGA